AUGGCCGCGGUGCCGGGGAGUUCUCCGAGCUGCGCGGGUUUGCGUUGCCGGUUUGGCAAUGGCCGUGCAGCCACGGCCAUGCCACGGGUACCUUCAAUGAACAAAAUGCAGAUACAGCCCCUCCCCUUGGUGCUGGCUUCGGUUACUUUGAGACCCAGCCGUAGGCCGCAGCAAAGGCUCUUCGUGUCACGUGAGCAAAGACAUGUGCGGGCCUGGCAGCAGCGGCUGCCAAAUGCAUUGACAAUCCUCCGGAUCUUGGCUGUGGUGCCCGUGCUCGCUUUGUUCUAUGUUCCCUGGAAGCACGGUCCCGUAGUAUGUUCCUGCAUUUUUGCCGCAGCAUCCGCAACCGAUUGGGUCGAUGGCUACCUCGCCCGACGCUGGAAGGUCGUCUCGCCCUUUGGCCAGUUCCUUGAUCCUGUGGCAGACAAGCUGCUGGCAUGCGCAGUCCUGGUGUUGCUGCCAACAGCAGCCGCGGAGAAGGGAUCUCGGACGGUUGCAUUGCUUGCCAUACCUGCAGUCCUGAUCAUUUUGCGCGAGAUUUUUGCGAGUGCUCUGCGCGAGUGGACUGCAUCCGUCGGCGAGAGCUCUCUGACGAAAGUGGGUAUUUGGGGGAAGCUGAAGACCGCCUUUACUCUCUUCAGCCUCACGGGCCUCCUUGCCACCUGCCGCUCUCACUCUAAUGGAGUCUUCAAGGUCAGCCUUUGCCUUCUCUACAUCGCCACGGCGCUCGCGUAUGUGUCCGUAGGCAGCUACGUCAAAGCCGCCUUGCCGGCCAAGACUGUCGGCCAAAGCCUUGCGCUGGGAUCCUACCCCAUCGACUGGAUCUACGACUAUGAGCACGGCUUCAUCAAGGUGUUGGGCGGCCAUAUCCGCGAGGAGCCGAUUGACAGGAGCAAGGUCGAGCACGACUGGCAGCUGACGGAUGUCGACAGAGCCAUCAUGCACUGGUUCAUGCGGGAGCUUUGCAGACGGUGCAACCUGGAAAAGUGGCAGCUGCACUUGGAGAAGGGCUGCAACGAGUCCGUGUGGAUGAGAGCCCACCGCUUGGUUGCCAACCGCACGGCAGGGGAGAUCAUGGCCCAAGCGGAGAAGAAAAAGCGCGCGAUCAGCAGCGACGACAUCAACAGGAUUCUCAAGUGCUGGGCAUUCGCCAAGAACCCGUUCAGGGUGAACGUCAUGCCGCAGGGCCAGCAGUGGGUGAAGAGCGACACGCUGGGCUUGCUUCGGGAUCGCGGCGGAAAGCUCAUCGUGACGCGGCCGGCCAGGGAGUACCCGAACGUGGCAAAGAUCAUCGCGCGAUGGCUCCAUGGCAAGCUUCCCAGAGAGGCCAAGCACUUCAAGUUCACGAGCCUGAACUUGAACUGCAACUACGCAGCGCGGCGGCACCGCGACGGCAACAACUUCGGCCCGUCGAUGAUCAAGGUGGUAUCGGUGGUGGCGGUUGUGCAGCUGCCGCUGGUGCGGGUGCUGGUGCUGGCUUUGGUGGUGUGGCUGUGGUCUGUGGUCACCUUAGACAUCGGGAAGAACCUGGCUCUGUUUAACGGGAACACAGCUCACGAGGUGGAGGAUUUCGAAGGCAACCGCUUCUCGGUGGUGUACUUCACGGCAGGCUGCCAUGCGAAGAUGCCGGAUGAUGUGCGCAAGCAGUUGGCACUGCUCGACUUCAAGGUGCCCAAGAAAGAUGAGAACCGCUAUUCGGUCCUCCGAGCACCGACAGGAUACUUGGAGGCCAGCAUUGAAAGCAACAUCGUCAUGCUUAUCAGUACCUUCACGUACCUUGCCAUCGUUGGCUACCGUCUUUUAGUUGGUAUGGACAUGCUCCCAGCUCGUGCCCUGACUCCCUCUGAAGCGCCACCUCAGAUGCCUUUGGUCAGUAGUGUUAGUGUGUUGCUCUUGGCCGCCUACUUUCUGCAUGCCUUCGUCCAUGUGGCUUUCCGCAUGUGGAAAGGGGUAGGCCUCUUUUCACUAGCCAGGCUUCAGUGUCGCGGCAUUAAGGAGGGCCAGUUCAAGUCCUUUCUAAGACGGGCUGAGGGAAGGUCCGGCAACUGGGAAUGCUCGGACGCCGUCAGUGAAGCGAAGCUUUCGGAGGUCAGGCUUUUGCAGACGAGUCUCCAGUUGGAGAAAGUGAAUCGCAGUCCGGGGGCCUCAGCAAAGCCUCUGGAGGAGGAAAUAUCUCAGCUCCUCCAUCCGCACAACAAGUCCAACGGCACCCGACAUGCACUACAGCGCCCCUCCAUCGCCGUCCUUCUGUCUGAGCAAAUGUUCACCACGGCUUGGACGGUCGGAAGCAGCCUAUUAUCGUCGGAGAAAUCGGAGGAUGCUGGGAUCCGCCAGAUUCGCCAUUGGCUGGAGACUCCGCCGUCGAAGGAGGUCGGUCGAGUCAUCGGGAUCACGGCCUCGAUUCUGCUUCUUCGACGCCAUAGCUUGUACCACUGCGCUGCUUCGACCGACCUUUUCUUCUUCUACUUCCCUGGCAGCUGGUCGCGCUACUUCUUUGACUCCCCAGCGGGUGUCCUUCUGAACGGCGACCUCGAGCUGCGGGUGCGGGCCCUUCUGUGCCCUUUGCAUCCUUCUUUGAACUUUGUGGCCUGGACUUUGCAGGGGGCCCUUUUUCUGAAAGACACCUUCCUCGGGAACUACGGUGUCUUCUGCUUGCAUUGCCUUUGGCCGGACUUAGCCGGCCCGCUUCUUCUACGAGUGCCGACCUGGAACGGAAGUCCUGAUACUUGGCGCGCCUUUGAACGUGAGAUGUCUUGGUGGCUGAGCUCGCUUGAUCAGGAGUCCACCAAGAAGUUCAAUCUGGCGGCACGCUGGCUCUUGCGACAGUCUGGAGUCGUGCGCCAGCGUGGCGAGGAGUUCAGCCCGAAGGACCUGGAGUACCAGAAGGAAGUUAGGGCAAGGGAUCCCGACGGGGUCGAGAUUGUCGUUGUCAAGGAGGACGCCUUUGCUGGGAUCAACAAGUUGCUCAAGGCUUUGGAGGGUAUAAAUGGAAAGUCGGCUUUGGACCGAAAGGGCGAGCUUCGGAACCAGUUCUACUUGAGUCUUCAGCGUGCACCGGGAGAGCGCCCCGCAGACUUCCUUAGCAGAUUUCGGGCGCUGACCUCGGAGAUGAAAACUGAGGGCAUUGAUCUCCCGACCGGGGAGCUUGGCUGGUUCUUGAGGGAGAAGUUGGGUCUCGACCCGCUUCGCAAGCAGCUUCUGGAAACUGCUCUCCAAGGCAAAGAGGGAUACGAGGACGUUGAGUUGGAGGCUUUGCGGCUCUUCAAGGACCUCCACACGAGUGACCCUCUGAUGCGGCGUGCUGGGCUUGAUUUUCGUGGCCGAGGGCGCGGCCAAGGAGGGCAACCGCCCUCAGGGAGCAACUUCAGUGGGAGAUCGUGGGCGCCUUCGGCUGGGACCUCCCGGCCGCCUUCCUCUUCGAGUUCCUCGGCGCCGACAUUUCAGAAAGGCGGCGGCCGAGGAGGCUUUGGCUUUGCUGCUCGUCGUCCUUCGUUCCAGCCUCGACCUCGGCAGGCCUUUGUUUCGGAGUACGAGCCGGAGCCGGAUCACGACGAGACGCAGGAGGAUGAAGAGCUUGUACCUGACGAUGGGGCCGGCGAUGGCGAUGCGGUGACCUUGGACGAGGUCCUAGCCUCCGAAGCGGAGGCCUUGGCUGCUGAGCUGGAGGAGGCCGAGAAUGAUGGCGUGGAGGCGGCUUACUUGGAAGACCUUGAGGGCUCAGUUGAGAAUGCCGCCGAGGCCUUGAUUACCAUGCGAGACGCCCGGCAUCGCUUGCAAGAGGUCAAGAAAGAUAGAGGUUUUGGCCGCAGUGGUGGCGGAUCGUCUCCGACUUCUCCGGUUUCUUCUGGUGGGGCUCGGCAGUCGCCGGCUGCUGGCUUCAAGAAGAAAGGACUUUGCCAUGACUGCGGGCAGCCAGGCCAUUGGGCUGGAGACUCGGCUUGUACCAAGCCGGGCGCUGGGCUGGCCAGACCUCGUGGAGCCGGCCGGGGAAAUGGAACCGGAGCCGGCCGUGGCGCAGGAGCUCCCCAUCGCCGUGUUCAGCUGACCGAGGCUUUUACUGUGGAGACCGAGGGCGAUGGCGACGAGAAGGCGGCACACGAGGUGGCUGUGGUCACGACCCUUGAAGAGGCACUCGAGACGAGUAUGUUUCAGGAGGCUUUCGCUGGAGCUAUGUCAGGCGACAAAAAGAACGUUGGUGCUUUGGACUCUGCUUGCAAUAGGACCGUUUGCGGGCGCCUUUGGCUGGAAAGCUAUCUCUUGACUUUGAACCAAGCGCCUUCCUGGAAGGUGCUGGCACCCCUUGUGGCGACGGAACCGGAGCGUGAGACCUUCAAGUUCGGGAAUGACGGGACGAAGGCCAGCCGUGAAAGACAUCGGCUUCCGAUGGUCGUUGGCGGAACUCUGCUGUUAGUUUGGACCAGCGUUGUCGAGGCCAUCGGUGGGGUGAUCAGCUUUACUCGAAGGGCUCUGCGUGCUGAUCACCUGGAUGCUAAAAGAGUUCCUCUGAAGCAGCUUCGGGCAGGCCACUUCUUCUUGGAGAUCGUGCCGCAGAACAUCGUGGAAGUUCGGCCGGGGAGCUGGACGCGACAAGGCCAGGAUGGGGUGAUUGAAGUGCAAGUGUCUAGCCUUGAGUGGUCAAGAAGGAGGGCGGCAGCGCUUAAGUUGAACACCGUUCCUGUGCACGAGCAGCUUGCAGCAGAGACCAUCGUGAGCACCAACCGCGGCCCUGUUGUGCCGAGCAAGAAGCGCCAGCCCCGACUGGCACCCAAUUCGAAGAAGCCUGCUGCCCAUGCCGCGAGACGAGGCUUCGAAGGCGGCCGCCGAAACGACUGGCACUUUGGAGGUAUCUUCCUGUGGCUGUUGCAGCGGCCUGGGGUGCGCUUUGCCCCGCUUCCUUAUGCGAGCAUUCAGUCAUCAGAACAGUGGCGGGAGCAGGCCGAGCAGAUGGUGAAGAAUGGUGCGUGGCCCCGUCGACAUUUCCGCAAGGCCGUGCUGAACGGGCUGUUCGAGGACAUGUCGGUGAUGAAGGCGUGCUGCUAUCUCCGCGAUCGACUGGGUGUGCGCCUCGCCUUUCUGGAGGACCCGAUGCUGGAGGGCAUGCUGGCAGCAAGGUCCUCAAAAGGAGUGAAGGCCGCGAUCCACAACCAAUUGGUGAAGAAGCUCAAGGAGGAGGCGGCAGCCAAGGCGGCACAAGGCGAAGAGAUGACGGCAGCUCGGCAGCUCCUUGGACCUCGCGGGGGAUUGCCAACACUAAAGGAGGACCUGUUGCGGCUGGCUACUCUGUUGCGGGUGGAGGUGGCCUCGAACGACACCGUCGACAAGCUGAAGGCCAAGCUGCGGCCCAUGGUGGAGACGAUGAAAGGCCUUCCGCGACCCGUGCCCGAGCCACCUUCAAGUUCUACCGAUCGGCCGGCAGUACCAGCGGCGAGGCAAGUGCGCUACUUGGAGAACGAGGAGAUGAUUCCCGCCGUGGCUCACACAAAGACGGCCGGCCCCAUGGAGGUGAAAGGCAACGAGAACACCGAGGUCCUUCACGAAGUACACCGAAUGCUGGAACGCCAGGACCAAAAGAUGGAGGCACUGCUAUCCCAGGCCAUGCAACAUAUGAUGAUGAUGAUGGGAAAUGCCAAUCCUGGGGACGGUGGCCUCUCUCCGGACAGCGACAUGGGCUUCCAGCAGCAAAUCAAGGCAGGGCAGCGAUUGAUCAUUCGGCAGGCCUGGAACCGUGCCAAGUAUGAUGCUAAACAUGCCGGUGUUACGCCACAGCAGCUGCAUGAGGCUUUCUGUGUGGCUGACGCACAGGACUUGGAUGUGGCACUCAACGAGCCUUUUCUGGAUGUCGCUGUGCAAAGUGCGAGACCGGCUAGGGAUGCAGUUUCCGAACGGGUGUUGCAGGCAGCUCGCUCCAAAGGGCAUGGUGUGGGCACUCCGCCCCGCAUGCAUGUGCGGCCCUACUUCUUGAUGCUGCGGGCCUCGGGCCCUUCCCCGUUGCUGCACUUCGCGCCGCCGGCCACCAGACGCGACAAUGAACACAAACAAAGCAUGGCCGAGGUGGCUGUGAUGCAGGAGGCGCUGGCUCAUUGGCGGUCUGGUCGGCAUUUCUUCAUGGAGCUUUUUCGCGGCUCGACUCCGGGCCGAACCGUGGAAGGGCAAGAGCUUCUUGAUGAGCCAGGGAUUUUCCACUUUCGGCGCGAUGGCUGCGGCUACUUGACCUCUAGUGCUAAGGUGGCGGCUGCUUUCAAGGACGCCCCCGCUGAUGAGCUUCCCUCGGCGGUGCUACGUGCCAUGGAGGACCAGUUCGAAACGGACCACCGGGUGAAGGAUGUGACUGAAACCUUUGCGGCCGAGACGCCGGAGGAACAUGACUUCAUGACGACCCCCGGUGGCACGGAUGAUGAGGGCGACGAGGGUGAGGUGAUGCCAAAAGGCGACAGUGAAGUGCCGAUUUCGUCGGCCGUGAGGCAAGCUGUUCGGAGAUUGCAUGAAAACACCGGGCACCGCAGCCCCGCUAGAUUGGCCCGAGCUCUGGUUAUUGCUGGGGCACCUGCGGAGGCGGUCUUGGCAGCCAAGCAGCUGCGUUGUGCCGUGUGCGAUGAGAAGCGUCCGCCUAAGGCCAGGCGACCAGCAUCGUUGCCAGGACCAUGGGAGCCCGGGGAUCAGGUUUGCAUCGACAUUCUUGAUGUUUUCGAUGCGAUCGGCACUCGUUUCUCUGUGCUGCACGCCGUUGAUGGUGUCACGAAGUUUCAGAUGUCGAUGCUGGUGGAGAACAAGUCGAGUGCUGAAGUGAUUCGCUUCUUGCGUGAAAGGUGGGCCCCUGUCUUUGGCAUGCCUAGGACCUUAGUCUGCGAUCAAGGGCGUGAGUUCAUCAGCCAUGAGUUGGAGAGCUUCGCGGCUGAAUGCAACAUGUUCUUGUACCACAUUGCCGUGCAGGCGCCGUGGCAGAAUGGUCUGUGUGAGCGCGUCGGCGGGAUCUUGAAAACUCUGCUGGCAGCGUGCACUGCUUCGCAAUCCUUGAUGGGCCGGGACGAGAUGUCCCUUGGCUUGGGGGAAGCAACCACGGCCUACAACAUGGAUGUCGGUGACAGUGGCUUCUCUCCCAUGCAAGCAGCCGUCGGCCGACAACCGCUUCUUCCCGGCGACGCUCUGAGGAAUAAUCCCGUGGAGGGCGAGGCCAUGGAGGAGCCCGUUUUCGCCCGAUUGGUGGCGAUUCGUGAGACGGCUCGCAUGGCAAUGCUUCGGCUGCACUUUAGCCGUGCCCUCCGAAAGUCUGAGCUGGCGAGGUCGAGGAACCCGACGGUGGCGGCAGCUCCUGUGGUUGGUGACUUAGUCUACUAUUGGAGAGAACAGAAGUACAACCGCAAGGGCAACCGGGAUCCUCGGAGAAUGUUGCUGCGCAAGUGGCACGGCCCUGCCCUUCUCAUUGCUAUGGAGGGGGCUAGUGCCUAUGUUACGGCUCGGGGCUCCCUGACGAAAGUUGCUCUGGAACACAUCCGCCGCGCAUCGCCCAUGGAGCAACUGGCCUCUGGAGAAUGGCAGGCAGUCAUUCAGGAGGUGAUCGAGGCAGCCGAGAACGAUGUUCAGUGGCAGCUCCUCGGACCGCAAAACCCUGUUGAUGCUGUGCUGGAGGAGGGCCCUGGAAUCUCGGAACAACCUUCAGUCGCGGAGCCGCCCGGAGUGAUGUUGCCAGAUGGACCGGAUGCCGCUGAGAGCCCAGACGCCCCAGUUAGGAUUAGUUCUUCAGUGGGCGCUGGAAUCUCGGAUCAACCUUCAGUUUCGGAGCCGUCUGGAUCCUCGGAGUCCUUACCGUUUGGGGCUCGAUUGCGUGAAGUGAUGGGUCGCAGUCGUGGCAGUGAUCUUCCCCCAGUCUCUCCCGAUGAGUUCGUGAAGGCCGCCUCGUUGACUACACCUUUGGGGUCCAGGCGUCCUUCUACUGCGUUGGGACCAGUGGCCUCUGAGACUUCUGUGCGAGCUCCACCGUUUUCUCGUGGAGUGACCAGUGAAGAACCUUUGCCUGCGGCGGCUCCUCCUGAAGACCCUGGUGCUGGAAGCAAGCGGCCCCCUGAGGUUGACACCGAGCAGCUUCGUAGCAGUCAAGGACCCGCCGUUGACUCAAGUGUACCAUUUGACGCCUUGUCUCUGGAACGUGAAGCCAUUUUGGCUGCUGCUCGAGCGGAGGCCGGCGAGGUGCACCCCUUGGUGAAGUUGCAGGCGGAGGUGGCUUUGGACCGCGACAAUGGCAUCGACACGGAAGCCCGGGAUCAUGGUUCGUGGGAUGGUCGCUGGCCGCUUCCGACUCGGAGCCAACACGAAGCAUACGUGCAAGCCGGCAUGAAGUGGCCGUGCAGUCGCGACGCCUUCGUCGUGCAAGCGGCCCGAAAGGAGUACCACUGGAAGUCCAUGACGGCUGAGCAGCGAGAAGCUUUCAAGAAGGCAGCGGCCGAGGCCUGGGAAGUGUGGACUCGCAAUGAUGCAGUCGAGACCCUGGAUGAGUCCGAAUCCCAACGGGUAAUAGCAAGCCUUCGACAACGGGGAGAACUACACAAAAUUCUCACGCCGAGGUUUGUGUACACCGACAAGCACGAUGGGCUACGCACUGAGGCCCAUGACCUCCCGCUCAAGGCCAGUGCCCGUCUGGUUGUGCCGGGGUACAAGGAUGUCACAUCGUUGGAAUUGCGGAAGGACGCACCGACGGCCUCGAGGACUUCUCAGCAUUUGCUCUUCACCCUUGCGGCUAGUCACUUCAAGGAUGGAUGGAGAACUGGCUCUGCUGAUGUGAAGAGCGCGUUCUUGAAGGGCGAGCGUUACCUCAGUGGGACCAGAGAGCUCUACUUGCAGAACAUGGAGUCCCACAGCGGCAGCCCUACUUUGCCAAUCGGGCGCCGGCUCGCGCGGAUUGUCAAGGGUGUCUUUGGCCUCUCCGACGCUCCUCGGGAGUGGUUUCUUCGCCUGAAGAAGAGCCUGCACAAGGAGUCCUGGACGUCCUCGAGCAUGGACGCGGCACUGUUUUUCCUGUGGAGCAAAGGACCUUCCCCGAAGCUUCAAGGAGUGUUGUGCUGCCACGUCGACGACUUGCUGUUCAGUGGCAACGCCGAGGCAUGGAACUCCAUCAACCGCCUGGGCGAGGAGCUCGGCUUUGGCUCUCUCAAACGCGACUCCUUUGUGUACUGCGGAAAGAAGGUGGACCAGGAUCUGGAGACGGGAACCAUCAGCUUAACGAUGGAGGCCUACCACCAGAACCUCAGCCCGAUCCGUGUGGCGAAUGGCCGCCGUCGUGAUCUGAACGCUUCCCUAGCUCCCGGCGAGGUGAAACAGUUGAGGGCCCUUGUGGGCUCCCUUCAGUGGCUUGUGGCGCAAGUUCGUUUGGACAUGGGCUUCCAGCUCUCCGUGCUCCAGGCGGAAGAGGGCAACGUGGGAACCCUGCUGAAGGCGAACGCCCUGCUGAAGGAGUUCGUGGCGACCGGCGACUUUGCCCUGAAGUUCCAGGCGUUGGACCUGGAGGGAGCUGGAAUCGUCGUGGUGUCGGACGCUUCACUGGGAAACGUCACCCGUACUGGUGGCGAAGGGGAGAAACCUCUUGAGCGGAUUUACUCCCAGUCCUGCUACUGCGUGCUUCUUGUGGAACGACCUCUACUUCAAGGCGGCUCUGGAAAGUUCACAGUGCUUGACCACCGCAGCCACAGGUUGCAACGAGUCUGCAGGUCUACUUUCGCUGCUGAGCUGCUGGGUGUUGAAGAAGGCUUUGACGUGGGCCAGUACUGCCGAGGACACUGGGCGGAAGCACUUGGCUACAGCUUGGCGCACCGCGGCGUGGACCAAGUGUUGGACGCCGUCGGCCUUGUUGUGGUCACAGACGCUAAGGAUGUCUACGACAAGGGCAACAGCGACACGCCGUCUUACGGAAGCCAGAAAAGUUUGGCCUUCACCGUUGGCUGGCUUCGAGCUAUGCUGGCUCGGCCCAACGUGGCUCUUCGCUGGACGGCCACUGAGAACAUGUUCGUCGAUUGCGGAACGAAGCAGAUGGACGCCGAGCACUUCCGCAAGACCGUCAGCGCUGGUGAGUGGAGCUACCGCUACGACGUGAAGUACGUGAAACAGACGAUCAAGCCGAAGAUCAAGAAGACUGCUGGCCCUGAGGUUCUGAGCGGAACUGAAGUGAAGCCGGGGGACCCUCUCCUUCCUUUUCUCCAAGGGCUAGCUACGCAAAGGGGUUGGCACAAGCGGAACAGUUUGGCCAUCCAGGUUGCACAUGGUGCACGUAGUUUUCGCAGGCCUGAGCCUCGCUUUUCGGCAGCUGAGUACCCGUACCGGGCAACUUUUGCCUUGUACCACGAUGCCGCAGGACGCGGUAUCUGGAGGAUCUUAGAAGCAAACACGGCAUAUGGCCGGUACUUGGCGCCACUUGAGCGCGAAGCAGCAGUGCUCAUCACGGUGUUCAAGGCUAACAAAGAAAUAAGUAUCCCUGAGAAACGUAGAUCUGCUACCGCUGAGCCUUGA